GCCAACUGCACUGCCCGCCUACCCGCUGCGCUCGCUCGUCAACCAAACUCCAAUUCAACCUCGACCCAUCUACGACAACCUUGAGAGGUGGCUGCUCGAGCUAUCAUUACUACUACUCCAGCCUCCUUUGCGUCGACAUCAAACGUACAAAGAGCGCUUCAAAUGGUCUUGCGACAUUCAACAAUGCCAUUUGCAACUCCGCAUGUUACAACCAAUAUCUCAAUGACAUCGCCAAAGCCUUAAUCGCGAUCCCCGCCAGAACCAGCCCCCAAACGACGACUAGACCCAAACCACCUGGUCCACUACCCACUUAACGUUGCCGAACAUCAAGCGUCACUUACAAUAAAUCCUAGAUCGCUCCGUGAAUCUGGCUCUCGCGACUACCUCGACAGUUUGAAACCUCACUGCCUUCCGCCAUGGACAGAACCAUGGAUCUGAGGGACAUGGACUUUGAGUCUGCCAUCGUGGACGACGAUAAGGACGCCGACGUUCCCGUAAACGCCCUCAAUACUCCACAACGCCUGGGCCGCUCGCCCUUGUCCAAGACGCGCUCCAUGUCUGAUGGAGGAGGAACUCCUUCCAAGCUCACUCCUUCACCGCACAUUGCGGAUGGUCGCCAGGCAUCCAAGGACGAUAACCACAUCAGAGACACGGCCACCACACCCGUAACCCCUCACCGAACCGAAUUUCCCCUCCGUGGUCUCUCGCUGCAGAUGCCCGCGAACCGCGACCCUGCCUCCCCUGCAUCCAACUCGUCCACCGCAUUUACGAAGCCCGCGCCGCUAUCACCGAAGCUCGACCACUCGCAGAUCUAUGCGAGCCCAACAAAUAUCCUACCUCGUCGCUCUCGUGGCCUCGACUUCUCACGCGCUGCCACCAGCCUGCACCACUCAACACUCGCCGAGUCCUCACCCGACUCCUCGCCUACGAUCGGAGGAAGGGGCAUGAAUAUCCCAGGACGCAGGAGCAACGACUACGGACAGGCCGAGCAAACCACCAACUCGUUGUGGUCCAUGAUGGGCAACCACGAGCGCAUGACGGUGUCGAGCUCCCUGGGCAGCGCGAAUCAGAUUGGGUCAGAUUCUUCUUCCGACUCCGACGACGAUGAUCUUAUGGAUGAGGAUAUGGACGAGCCGUACAUUGGUACACCGCAAGCCAACAAGACCGCCGCGCCCUUGGGCACACAUCCCAUGAUGGCGCCCUGGGGAGGCUCUCCGGCAAUGAACAGUCUGAUGAGCUUCCAGCAUAGGCAGCGGCAAAGGAAGCAGCCAAAAAAGAAACACAAACUGCCACUGGGUCUAGGAUUCAGUCCUAGCACAAAUGCCGGUGUCUCAAAGUCGCCGCCAAACAACGUGCCCAAGGACAUGUCGGCACAUUCACGUAGGGAGAGCAUUAGCUGGCAGGCCAACCAGUUACAUAUCUCUGGGAGCGAGGAAGAGCGAGGUGAUAAUAUCGACGGUCUACUCUCGACUCCCAGUCGUGAUGGGCAGCGCCCAACAGUAAUGAGACGGGUGGUUACGCAGCGUAGAAAUCUGCUACCCAAGACGAAGAACUUUGCUCGUAUCAGGGCGGCUUUAUUCGAGGAAGGUGCGCCAGUCGAGACGGAAACCCAAAGAGAGGCCGAAGUCGUCCGUCAAGUGCGAGAGAGUGACGUCGAUCUCGGAGCACCUCGUCAACAGACCGUUCCUCCCGCUACUACCCACUCGUCGCCCAACCUAGGGAACCAAGACCAAUCCCUCGACGACAUACCGGAAAGCAUGAUCACCGACUCGGCCCUCAAUCUCUCGGGCAGCUUUAAGCAACAAGCCUUGAAGAAUUCAAAGGGCACCAAGUUCUGGGAUACCUUCUCCGAGUCUAGCAGUAUCGGCGGUGCUCGCACAACGCCGCCCCCGCCUAACGGGGGACUCCCUCGCGGCUCAUCGUCAGGAAUGAGCGAAGACAUUUGCAUGGACUCCCCGUCACUCGGCCCUACGGCUGGUUUUGCUAUGGCCGCAAGCAGCGGGGAGUCUCAAAAGGGGGAUACUCCUCUCCUCGCCCAAGGCCCGCAACCGGCACCCAGCGCAGCGGAAAUCACACGGCGGAUUAACAGCAAGCGCAGGCGGGAGGACGACUACGACCCCGUCAGCCUCAAGCGCCGGGCAGUAAGCCCAGGCAUGAGCGUGCACAACUCGCCCAUUAUGCAGAGCCCCAUGCAACGCGACGUGGCGCCCUGGGGAUCGCGGCCCGGCAGCAACAGCGGCGAUAGGGGCGGCAGUGGCGCGCCGAGCGAGUCGGGAAGCCUUGGAGGCGGCACGCCCGGUAGCGGCGCCAACGCCAACGGCCGGGUAGUGAACGGGAACAAAGGACGCGUUGGAUUCCAGGGCAUGGUUGAUACCAACGACGGUCUGAUGCGAAUGAGCAUCGAGUGAUUUCUUGAGGCGUGUCUUCGGAAGGGUGGAAUUGGCGCAGUCUGCAUUUCUUGGGCGUUGGGAUAGGACAGUUUGCGUGUGAACAAAAUACCGGCGAGAAAGGGGGGUAUCAAGGCGAACGAAUCUUGGGAGGUUAUGGACAAGGAGCAAGGAGCAAAUUAGUAUAUCCAUAGAGGCCGAGCUUCGGCACCACACACACACAAGCACUCACAAUAGCACACGGG